AUGAAGAAUGUAUUCAAGUUCCUAGCGGAUUCUAAACCGGAUAUUUCUACCGGUAUUAACCGGCUUUUCAAGAGCUUCAAGACCAUUUCUCAACUCUUUGCUUACAAAGAGGAAGGAGAUGACAAAGUCGAGACAUCAGGAAUGGAGAUAGGAGUUCCGACAAACGUAAAACAUGUAUCACACAUUGGUUGGGAAAGCGGUUUAACUGCGGCUGCAUGUCCCGGUGAAAGAUGGGAAGAUCUCAUACCGCCAGAGUUGUUUGUAGCCGCUGCUGCAAAACAAGAUGCCAAUCAUCAUCAUCAUACCUUAUAA